AUGGCUCAAGAUCUGCGCUCUCAGGAAAUCAAGAAUCCCAUUGACGUGGCUGAGUACCUCUUCCGACGCCUGAAGCAGGUUGGCGUCGAAUCAAUCCACGGCGUCCCUGGCGACUACAACCUUGUCGCUCUCGACUACAUUCCAAAGGUCGGCUUGAAAUGGGUCGGCAACUGCAAUGAGCUGAAUGCUGGAUAUGCCGCCGAUGGCUACGCCCGAGUAAAAGGCAUUUCCGCACUUGUGACGACAUUCGGCGUGGGGGAGCUCUCCGCUGUCAAUGCAAUUGCUGGUGCUUACUCUGAAUAUGUGCCAAUUGUACACAUUGUUGGCUACCCAUCCACCGUCUCGCAAAAGAAUGGCGCUCUCCUUCACCACACGCUCGGAAACGGCGACUUUACCGUCUUCUCGCGCAUGUCAAAGGAAAUCUCAUGCGCCGUUUCCAUGCUCAACCACCAGCACGAGACUGCCAUGCUGAUUGACGAUGCCAUCCGCGAGUGCUAUCUCAAAUCAAGGCCAGUCUACAUCUCGCUGCCCAGCGACAUGGUAACGAAGAAGGUCGACGGUGACAGACUCAACACGCCUCUUGACUUGGAAUACCCGCCCAACGACCAGGAAGCCGAAGACUACGUAGUUGAUGUAGUCCUCAAGUCUCUCCAUGCCGCAAAGAACCCCGUCAUUCUGGUCGAUGCAUGUGCAAUCCGCCAUCGUGCCCUCAAGGAGACCCACGAACUGGUCAAGAAGUCCGGAAUCCCAACCUUUGUCGCCCCAAUGGGCAAGGGCGCAGUAGAUGAGACGCUUCCAAACUACGGUGGUGUAUAUGCCGGAGACGGAUCCAACGCCGGUGUCCGCGAACGUGUCGAGUCGUCCGACCUGGUCCUCAGCAUUGGCGCCAUCAAAUCCGACUUCAACACUGCCGGCUUCACAAUCCGCAUGUCGCAACUCACAACGAUUGACCUGCACAGCUACGGCUGCAAAGUGCGCUACUCCGAGUACCCCAACGUACGCAUGAACGGCGUCUUGUCCAAGGUAACCGCCAAACUUGGACAACUCAACAUCGAAUCCGGCCCCAAACCCAACAACGACGUGCCCCACGCCGAAACAACCUCUUCAGACGACAAAAUCAAACACGCCUGGUUCUGGCCCAAACUCGGCCAAUGGCUCAAGCCAAACGACAUCCUCAUCACCGAAACCGGAACCUCCAACUUUGGCAUCUGGGAAACGCGCUUCCCCGCGGACGUAAAAGCCAUUUCCCAAGUCCUCUGGGGCUCAAUCGGAUACGCCACAGGCUCCUGCCAGGGCGCCGUACUCGCAGCCCGAGAAUCAAACAUCAAGCGCACCAUCCUCUUCACGGGCGACGGUUCCUUCCAGCUUACCGCGCAGGAAGUCUCGACUAUGAUUCGCAACAAGCUUGCUCCCAUCAUCUUCGUCAUCUGCAACAAGGGGUAUACAAUUGAGCGCCUGAUUCACGGCUGGGAAGACGCGUAUAAUGAUGUCCAGGAGUGGAAGUACAAGGAUAUUCCUGGGGUAUUUGGUGCGGCUGAGGGAAGCGUACUGACGUAUCGGGUUGAAACGAGGGAGGAGGUGGAGAAGUUAUUUGCGGAUGAGGAGUUUUCGAGUGGAGAGACGGAUAAGAUGAGGUUCGUCGAGUUGGUUAUGCCGUGGGAUGAUGCGCCUGCUGCACUUAAGGCUGUUGCUGCUGCGGCGGCGAAGACGAAUGCUGCGUAG